CAAAAAUUCAUUUCUCAGUCCACUACUUACAGGGAGCAAAGAUUGACAAGCAAGAGUAUGAAUGGGCCCAUUUUUUGGGGAUUACAAGGUCUAACCCAAAGACCUAUUACGUUUCCACGGCCUUUAUGGUGGCGUCGUUACAGCUGCUGCAAGCCAGCCAUCACGCUUAAAGAGCUCCCUAUUUGCCAGUCCUGUCAGCCCGCAUCCCCAUGCCUCCACACCAUGACCACGUGUCGAUCAGGAACUCAAGCAGAAGGAAUAAUGGAAUCUCUACGUUGGGCUUCUCUUGCCGGAAAUGACGAUUGCUAUUUGAGAAAUUGGGAGAUCAAAGCACAUAGUAGCAUAGCAAGACGGCAAAAAUUGUGUUCCUCUCUUUUCACAUUCAUCUAUACCACCAUCACAAUCUGUCACUCUUUCGAAGGUACUAAUGAUUAUGAUUAUACGAUGGAGUAGAAGAUUAUGAUGAGUUGUUGACUAAAUUUGACAAGAAGAAGAAGUGACAGUGUAUAAUGAACCAUACUUGUAAAUUGCCAAUGAAUUGGGAUUAAAGAUUCUUUUUUAUUGUGUGGAAAAUUGCAAAUCUAAUCCCCACAGGUGGCUUCCCUAUAAUUAAUUGUUAUUGUAAUUAAUUCUUUAUUUUGCCUGAAUCAUAUUCCUAUAAACAUUAAUCGAAUAAAGAUUGAUUUGAAGUUUAACUUACUUGGCAUGAAAUUGAUUUGAAGAUGUAGUAUGUAAUUUGCUUGGGUUGUAAAUAAGAUUUUAGCUGACUAAAUA